AAGAUGGAGAAGUUGUCAUACUCAGGAAAAAUAUCGAGAAGAUAGCCCAAGAUCAUGCAGCGCAAAUAGCGAAGCUCAGGGCGGCCAAGGAGGAGUCGGAGGCCAAACAAACACAGAUGCAGAAAGAAAUGAAAGAGGAGGCAGAACGCCUGAGGACAUUGUUUACUUUCAAGCAACAUGAGAUCGAGACAUCUACCCGAAAGUCUCCGUGGUCUGCGCGCUCCAAGAAAGCCCCAUUAGCACCUCUUGCGACACCUGUGCCUUUGCCUUUGCAGAUGCAAAAGUGGAACCAGAACGAAGCUGUGGCAGGCCCUUCGAGAGUCAUACAAGAGAGUCCCACCCGACCUCGCUUCGGCGAAAUUGUAAAUAAUGAGCGUACAAGAAAACCAGUGGUUGAAACCCGAAAUCUACCAUCUGGAUUCCAAACCUCUACAUCCCCUACGAAGUCGCGGGUGACAGAUUUCAGGAAAGGCAAAGACAUGGUAACUGACUCAAACCAGAGGGGUCCAUUGCAAGUGCAGUUCGACAAUGGCCAUCCGCCAGCGUCACUUCCUUUUGAAGGCACGCAGACAAAUUCGUCUCAAAUGGCUCGGAAUGAUAGUUAUGGCGGGACGGCGCAAGGGGACGUGUUCAUGGCUGACUCUAAUAUGGAUAUAAACUUCUAUCCGCAGGACGACGUCGAGAUGACCGACAGAGCUCAGGAUCGACAGAUUCAUGCCGCUGUGGACGAAGAAUUUGACGAGGUGGGGCCUCACAAGUGGAUUGUGGAUUUGCAUCGGCUUGUCCUAAUGCAUAUGGAACCAGCGUGCAGGAUGAUUACAUUUCAUGCCUUGUUGGGGGUUUCACUACCGAUCGGACCCAAAUCAGAUGCAUAUACUUCUGCAUGUUCUCGUAUACUGGACGUUCUCGCCAAUGUACCUACUCAGGAGCAUCAAGCUUGGGAACUCGCAGCCCAAGUGAUUUGCGAGGCUCUUACAAAAAUGGCAGAUAUACUGGCUGCCUCUGACCAUAUCAAGUCUUUAGCCGCCCUUUUCAGCCAACUCACUCAAAUAACGUACACUCUUCCAGCACCUCAUUCAUAUCUCUUAGUGGAUAAUGCGACGGACUCCGAAGAACACGGAAUUCCUCGCAUUCUCGCUGUGAUAUGUUCUAUCAUUCAGGACCACGUCAGUAAACUAGUAAGUCACGAUACAGAGAAAUCGGAGCUAGGUUUACUUGCCAAGGAGUCACUUGCGCUGUUGGAAGCCUUGUGUUGGAAUACUCCAAGUGAUUUGGAAGAUAGACUAGCCUUUGUACCUCGUUGCCCUUCUGUGCUAUCGAUCCUUCUGGACUCCUCUCGGCCGAUGUGGUUUCUUUUUCACAGUACACGCAUGCUUUCUCGGUUCUCGACUCGACCCGUCCUUUUCCAACCCCUUUUAUCAUUUCCUGACACCGAGGGGCAAUCACAAGACUAUACUCGGCUCCCUCAUAUUGAACGAAUGUGCUCUCUCUUGAUUGAUUCCAGUAGGACGAGUGACGAGGCCGAUGGGAUCAAGCGGCACAUCCUGACGUUUUUUGCCAUGCUCUCCGAGGCUCAUCCAACUGCUCACACGAUUAUCAUCGAGUCGCAGUCCGUGAUACCCUCGAUCAUUGUUUAUUUGUACGGGCUAUCAGCACCUGUGUGGCAAGGUGACGAGGCAAUGGAAUCUGAUCCCCAGGCUGUUUCAAGAGUGAUUCGACGGAUGUACCAAACGACCUUUCUCUUACACCAUUUGAUGUUUAAAGCCGAAGCUCCCCUUAGAUUACGAGAGCGUCUAGAGCACGCACCACGGCACUACAACGGUCUUGUACAUCUUUUUGUUGUUACCAUGGGACGUCUCAGCUUUGCUGAUGUGCCGGAGUGGGUGCAAGAGGAGGACAAACAGGACUUGGAAAGAGUUGCCGGGCUUGCCAAGGAUCUUUUGGAGUUGUUGAUGGACGUGCCACAGAUGGAUGCUAUAUGGGCCACGUACCAAGAGGGGCCAGAUGAAGAAAUGGAGGAUGAUGAAGAGGUGGAAGCUCGACGGCUUGCUGCCAACGUGAUCUAGUUCAUGCCGUAUGAGAGGCUGUCAUCUUCCUGAAAUCAUUAACAGUAUCUCUACGCGGAUGUCUGCCGAUUUGUUGGCAGUGUUAUCUAGAGCCAUGCCUUUAGCUUUGUGUUGCGUCGAAUGAUCUCACCUCGGGAGGUCAUCGUGUCCCGUGACCUCAUAGACGGGC